GGGCCAGUUUGAAAUUUUUUGUGGCCUUAUUUUUGUAAAUUUAUUAUCAUUAUGUUUAGGGUAAGAUUGUUUUGUCGCUUCAGAAAAAUUGGAGAAAACAUUUCCUCGUAAGCCUUCAAGUCUCAAUUUUUUGUCAUGUACAGUUGAAGCUCAAAGAAUUCGCCGGGAAUUAGUCGCUCUUCGAAAUAUGGUCAUCAGUGGAAGGAAAAAUUAUAUUUCCGAUAUUGGUCAUUCAAGACGAUUAUUAGCGUCGUACACAGAUAGUAUGAAUGAUUUUGAACGGAACGAAUUGGAUGCAAAAAUUGAGGGAAUGAUGCAAGAUUGCAUGCAAUCUAUACAAGCAUUUCAACGUAAAAUCAGCAGUAGCAAUUUACGAGCUGUUGAUGAAGGUCCACAUUUGUUCGAGGUUUUGCGAAUGCUUGGCAAACAUUUCAAUGGAACGGCUAAAACUGUUGCUGAAAUGCGAGCUUUGCGAACGAAAAAGAUAAGUAAUAUGCGGCGAACAUGCAGACUGGCUACAUUGGCACAAUUAUACAGCAUGAAACGAAGGAAUGAAGUGCUGAUGCAACGAUUGGCUAACGAAAAUUCGGUUGAAACUAUAUCACUGAAAUCUGAUAUUUCGUCAGUUUCAGAUUCUGUAUUAAGUGAUGCCAUCAUUUUUGGCAAAGACGGUUUGAGGAAGAGGGUUUCGCAGAGUACGGGUAUGAAGGAAGAUGGAAGAAGAAAGUUAAAACAGAAUGGAUGGUCUGAUGUGCAAGUGUUCGAUUUCCAAGAAGUUGAACAAGCGGAUGAUGAUAUGGAUUCACUUAGUAAUUUAGAUGACGAUGAACGUACUCAGCUUAUGAUUGAAAAUGAGCGAUUAUAUUCUCAGUCGCUUCAAGUGGAUAGCGAUAUUCAAAAGGUGGAAAAACAGAUGGCAGAGCUACAUCAGUUGCAAGCAACAUUUGCCGAAAAGGUUUCGGAACAGGAGAGAGAUAUAAAUGUUGUAAACGAAACAACGUUGCUAACGGUUGAGAAUAUUCGAAUUGGAAACGAACAGAUACGUCAAGCAAUCCAGAAUAUGGCAUCUAGACGUGAAGUAUCUCUACAAAAAAUUAAUGUUUGUUUUAUUCCUGAAACUGCCGAAUUUCCUACUCUUUAUGGACAACCUUUCCUGUUCUUUUGGACAACUCGAAAGUGUCGAAAAUUAUUUCUUUGAACAGAUUUCGUCAAUAAACUAUAAAUGUAAUAAAGGAUGAUAGAGAAACAAUAGUGAUGUAAUUAUAGGUUUGAGAAUUCAAGCAUCGAACUGUAUAACUGAUAUCAAUGUUAUAUUUAAUCAACUUAAAAUAUGGCGGAUAGGGCUGUACAAAUAUUAAUAUUUCUUUUCUGUGAUUGAUGAUAAAGUGUAAAAUUGUUGUGGAAAUGUGUUAAGUCUGGUCAACACCCUCAGGCAUAUUGUAAAAAAGCAUCAGUAC